UCCUGUGUCAUACACAGCGUCCGACCGUGCUACGCGAUAAGCUCCUUCUCGAACCUGGUUAUCGGUUUUUAAACAUCAAACAUUUAUGCAAAGAAGCUGAUCGAGCGAACGGCUGUAAAACCGUUCGGCCAUCCAAAGGCAUACAUCGGCAUCCCGGAAAUCGUGCCAAGACUUCGCCUUUAUGUAACCGGUAUCGCUGAACGCUGUGAUACGAGGAAAGAAUCAAACCCUUUUUCGAAAAGAAAAUUCAUUAAAAAUAGAUGGACAAAUUUUGAAAGUAAAAUAUUUCUCCAAACCGGCUGAAACGGUGAAUCAACAAUGGCGGCUUAAUGGGACAGGUAAAAAGCUGGGAAGAGGAACGUUUUAACGAUAACAUUUAUUUUUCGCGACUGGUGCACGUGGUAAGCAAUUGGCCUCAACUUGGCAACAAACGACGACCUUCUGCUUACGGAUGAACACGGCCUGCAAACGCGGAGACGAGACGCGACGCGUUGCGUUUGUCGAGCGAAAUGCUCGUCCACGAAGAGGGGAGAGGCCGAGGGACACUGGCAAGCGGAAAUGCAGUUCGCUCGAGCAAAAGAAGAAAGUGUCGGAGGGAAAGAUUGCGAGAGUGUGCGCGAAUCGAUUCGCGACGCGACACCUGUCUCGCACCCUGACCAAGUAAGUGCCUUCUUUAUUCCAUUGUCAGCUGUGAAACGUUUAGGGGAUCUCUCGUUUAAAUCCUGUUUCGCUUGUCAUCCUGUUAGCGGGGACCAGUUAAUGGCGUUUUUACGCGGGACCAAGUUUAGGUGAGUUCCAAGACUUCCUCUUUACGCUUUAACCUUCCAACGAUCGUGACCUGUGGGUCAACCUUAAUUUCUGACAGAGAGGUUGACAAGAUUCUUUUUUCUUCUUCUUCGUACCUUAUUAGCAUCGUAAUAAUAUUAAACGGAUCGUGUUCGCUAUAUACAAUAACCGAGGGAUCAGAAUGCUGACGUUUGAUUACCUGUUGCAUCACACCUGUUGCUAUACUCGAAGCCACGUGACGACGGUGGCCAUGAAGAGAUUUCCUCGAUUGUCCCGGUCUGUAUUGAUCGUACGGGUAGUCAAACAACCGAUGUCAACGUAUCGCGUUGUCUAUUGAAAGCAACUAAAGGAUACACCAAACGUAAUAAUUGGACACUUGCUGUGUACACGUGUGCGCCAAGUCAUACGGAGGACGUUUGUAAAUGCAUGUAUUACGGUUUCUGUUAAUCUUUGAAUCAGGCCCACAUAAGGGUAAACCGAGAGAAGCGGGUAAAGAAUAGAUAUCCAAUCUUUGUUCACGGGUUUUAGUCGAUUUUCUAGUUGAAAGUUAGGGUAGCUUAUCUCUUAUACAGGUAACAACACUGUCACCGUCGAGUUUAAAAGCGAUAUCACCCUCGUCAAGUUACUGUCCGAUCUUUUUUUUUUCAGCUAUUACCCGCUUUUACAGAUACCCGGAAGAACGUUCGUAAACUGGUUGUAAAAGGAUUCACGAUCGUCGAGGUCUUUAGCCUGAGAAACGAAUAUUUUCGAUCCUGUCUGUCGAUAAAGCAGCUAGCCGUUUGAUCGUGCUUACGUCCUCGCAGGAAUCUCUCGAUCUCAUUGUUCGUGAGCAGCAGGGCAGAAAGCGGUGCUUCCGGUUUCAAGUUGGCUCGUACACGACGCACGGUUCCACGACAGGCAUCGUUGCAUCGUCCAGGCACGUUCCUUGUUACGUUAAACCUGAUGAAACUGGACACGUUUGGUUGAAAAAGAAGUCAAAAGAACCAGCUAAAAUUACGUUGCAAAACUGUUCACCCUCGGUACGUCACGGACGACCACGCUGGCAUUAUCCUGGUCGAUGGAAAACUGUCGUGGUACCGGAAGCUCGUAACGCCCCGGGGAACCGGAAGUUGUCGUGGGACCGCUGGGAUACUUGAAAAUAUCGCGUACAGCCUUCACGUUCCCUGGGAACCAUGGGCUUGACACGCACUUAGAUAGAUUCUCCUGUGUGUGCUUUCUGCGUUGCGUGUAAUGCGUGUUCAGCUACUACAGACGAGCUUCACUCUAACGUCACAAUUUACUAGUACAAAUCGUGAGAAUACGGCCUUUUUAGUGAAACCGUCUGAUAUCGUUUAGCAUUGUUCCUUGCUCGUAUAGUUGGGUUCAAAGAUUUUAUAAAUCAUUUUUAAUAAGCUCUUGAUUCGUUAUUAUAAUAGUAUUUCUACGUCCAUUGUAAUAAGUCUAGUCGAAAGCUGCAAAUGCACUUGAGUUAUAUUCUGAACAACUGCGCAUGCGUAUGUCUGUACUAGGCUUUAGGUUUUAGAUUGUACAAGUGUUACGGUAUCGGGCUAUUUACCAAUCGCCUUAGAUCGUUAGCGGUUUUAGUUAGUACCAGAAUAUCGAUCGUUAAUAACUGAAAUUAACUAUUCACGAACACGCCUAUCCGCUUCCGAGUACGUGUGCAACCUACGGCUGUAUGUUAUGCCAUCAGAGGAUGCUUACCUCUAUGAUUCAUGGAACUUAUCUUUAUGGCGAGGUGAGUAACGCGUCGGUCCCAUAACAAUGGGGAAAGGUGGCCAACAGAUGAAUCCUGACGAUCUUAUGUGUUAUUACAUACUAGGAUGUGCGGGGACCCGAUAUUACGGGCUCGGGCGAGCUCGGAAAAAAUCGGGCUGACUCGGGUCCGACAUGCGUGCAGUCGGAUAGCCCGACUAAUUCGGGUCAGGUCGGAUAAAGUCGGGCAGAUUCGGACGAGCUCCCGUGGGCCGCGGCCCGCGACCCAACUCUCAUGUACUUUUGUGUAAAAUGAACAUACAGGUGACAUGGAAUGAAAUUCAUUUCAAAUAAAUUCGUUACAAGUAUUAUUUUUCCACGUAAAUAUUAUCUUAUUCCAAAAUUCCACAUAAAACAGAUUUUGCACACGCUUAUUGCAAGUAUUAACAAGUACAUAAGAAUUAGGCCGUGGCCUGCGGGAGCUCGUCCGAAUCUGCCCGAUGUUUUCCGAACCGACCCGAAUAGUCGGACCGCACAUCACUGUUACAUACGCUAUGCGGUAUCUCUUUCUCGACAACAUUUUGUCACGUGUUAAGUUAACGAGACAUUUGUUGGCCCUUUCACCGCAUCGCGAUCGUCGAAGCGAGAAGUCGUUUAGUUUGUCCAGACGAAAAUUAUGUGGUAUAUCUAUCGGUGUAAUAGGUAUCACUUCGAGUUUCUAGACGAGGCUUGAUUCUCGUCCAGAAGUGGUGGGCGAGCACGUACGUCAUUAGUGCUUGCAACUUCCUCAAAGAUACUUGUCCUUGAACGAAUAUUUCUGCGAGCAGAGAAACUAGUUGUCCGCACUUCCGUCAGUGUCAAUGCUGAGUGUCGUCGCCGCUUCGGAUGUCCCCAAUUGUAAAAAUAAUCGUGAAAGGACGUCGUCGCAGAGAAAGAAAACAUUUAUCAGACCUGUUGGUCCAUUUUAUUUAUCUCGCAACUGUUUCUCGUGUAUGUUGUAUCUUUUGCAGAGACAUUCGUCUUUAACGCUUUUGACUACCACCACGAGCCUGACACAUCGAUGUAAUAAAAAAAAAAAAAAAAAAAAGAAAAAAAGAAAACAGAAUAAUUUUAAAAAUAUUAUCUGAGAUGACAAAUUGAAAAGUUAAAUUUAAAACUGAAACGGUUGUAUCUUUACCACCUUGAUUGUAAUUGCAAUUAUUCAAAGGUAAGAUACAGAGACUGCUUAGAAAGAAAACAACGAUGCUCGAGAAAAUACAGCGAGUCGUGUACGUAAUUAGAGGCCCCCCCCCGAUCUUGGCAUGGAAUGAGUCUGUGAAAUAGACUCCCGGAAGCUAUUAUUUUCAUUUUGGUUGUUAAUGACCGGCCUCGUAACAGCGAAAGCUACGUUGAUACGUCAUCCUCUGGACACGAUAAUUACUAUUCAUUAAUGCCAACAACACGAGCGAUCCUAUGUAGCGAAGGCCUAUGGGCUUGGUUAGGCGAAAGAAAAGAUUCAUAAAAAUGAUGUAACCCCUAGACGUUCGCGUUUCACCAAACAGUAAAUCGCGAUCGUGCUGGCAUGGCGUGUCGAUAACACGGAACGCGUCGCUACAUUAUUAUUAGCAAAGUAAAUAUUAAAGUUUCUCGCAUCACCGUUAUUAAUAGGAUGUUGUAGGUUAUUCGUAACAAGAGCUACAAAUUCGUAUCGCAUCCGCGAUGAAUUGUACAGUACAUACUUACGUGUCCUCAGUCAAGGAUGCUCGACGCUCGGUCCAAUUUCGAUGCUCCUCGAAUCGUAGGCAGACUAGAACUUUGCUUACCUAUCAGAAAUGAUUUUAAUUAAUUAUUUUAAACAAAUUAACCCCUUGGACAGUGGCGGAUCUAUAUAGAAGAAGCUGUGUAUAAAACAUGAUAGAUUAGCGAAAAUUGUAGACAUAGGAGGAGCCGAUACAAGUAUUGGAUCGUCUGGUGGUUGUAGGUGGAGGUGCAUCUGGACCAGGGCCAGGCUCAAAAAUAAGCCGAAAUUCGAUGGAUUGGCCGACGAUGAUCGGGGACCACUUCGCGUCUCCUCCUCCAUCCGUAUUACUGGAACAACAAAGAUUAGAUUCUCUUCUGUCUCUCUAAAGAUACACAAUAUUCCCGUGAAUCGUCUCUAUUUCCGCGAUGUCGUUUUCAUAAAGAACACGAUCCCACGCUCUGUCUCAUCCCCCCCGAAAUAAACAAAAUUUCCAGUAAUAGUGACAGGGUGUCUAUAAAAAAUUGCAGCAUCGUCACUCGAUCCACCUACCGUGAUUCACGGACAACCGAUUUAACCCGUUCGCUAGCGGGCCUGUUAUGUUUCCUUAUGGUCGAUCCGUUAAAACUUAAGUUUGGCAAUUUGCAUUUAACUACCCUAAUUACCCAGAGAAGGGUUAGAAAUGAGGUGUACGAGGCAGGUUUGGGUGAUUUCUCACAUCUCGCGUGGUCGUUGACGCAACCCUGUAACGGGUGGACGUAUGACGACUCGACGUCAUCCUCCACACGGCUCGUAUUUUUAAAUGCCGCCUUUUAUCCCGCGGCCAGCCGCGAAUCUUCCGCGAUCGUCGUCUAUAAAUCACUCGCGGAUCCUCUCCUUGCUACCAGAGACACCGAGAGAGGCUCUCUCUUGAAAGAGAUAGAAAGAGAUCGGUUCAGUGAGAGUUGCCGCGUGAGAUAGGUGGGAGAAGAAACGUGGUGAAAAGGGAUGGAGGGGUCAAGGAAAUGAUAGGUAGGGGGGGGCAAGAGAAGGAUAGACAGCCUUUUGAGACCCCUCGGUGACCAGUUUAGUUCUGCUUGGCAUUCGGACCACACGAGAGAUCAUGUGACAGAGAAGACAAGAUAGGACACACCUCGGAUCCAGGAUCUGACUAUCGGAUACGAUCGGAUCGGACUCGAUGAACCCAGGUGCCUGUGAACUCGUUAACUCGAUCAAUUGACAAGUGUUCGUUGUAUCCGAAUGGACCGAGUGUAGAAAGAUCGAUAGACUCGUUUACGCUAAUACCAAGUGUAUGUAAAGUGAUCGAAUCGUUGCUCCGAUUUACCACGUACGAUCCAGCUGAUCAAGGAUGACCACUUUUAAAGACUCCUACUACCACCGAGUGGAUACGUAACACACGUGUACUCCGUUUGAAUCAACAAACGCAGGAACGCGUAAAAACACCGCACCGGUCCCUCUGGCAUACGUUAACACGAGCAGGAAAGAGGGAAAGAAGGAAAUAAAGGAAAGGAGGAAAAGGUUGGCUGAUUCUCCGACGGUGCGCACUCGCGGCCGUAAAUGACACUUGUGAAAUCAACGCACACAUUUUCACCGCUUCGAGCGAGGAACAGCAGCGAGGAGGGUCGUUGACAGCGUACAGUGUACGAUAAAUAUACCGGUUCGAAGCGUCUGCUGUUCCGUGGUAGCCUUUCAGGAAGAAGAGCACGCGACUCCUACCUGUCGCGUGUGAACGAUUCCCGAACAUUUCCGCUCCUACCACUGUUAUUCCCGCUGGAUAUUUAAAGGGUCAAGAUAUGAGGUCGACCGUUCGGUGGUAGACGAUCUAAGAAUACCGCGAGUGGAACGUUGAACCGGGCUUCCUUUCUUUCCACGUGUCCACGCGGACAGAUAAAUCAAGAAACUUUCUUCCUACGGCGAGAAGAGUAGCUUGGUUAAGUAUGUCGGGUGACACGACGUCCGACGAGGAGGGCUCGCAAGAGGAUAGCCCGCGAUACGACAUCGACGAUCUAGAAAUCAUCAAGACCAUAGGGACGGGUACAUUCGGUAGAGUGGUAUUAUGCAGGCAUCAAGGUACACCGAUGGCAUUAAAGAUUCUAUCGAUGGUGGACGUGAUCAGGUUGAAACAAGUGGAGCACGUGCGAAACGAGAUCACCGUCCUGAAAGAAGUGAAGCAUCCCUUUAUCGUAAACAUGCUCUGGAGCGGAAGGGACGAGGCGAGGGUGUACAUGCUGCUGGAGUUUGUCGCCGGUGGCGAGCUCUUCUCUUACUUGAGAGCAGCCGGCAGAUUUUCCGGGCCCACCAGCUGCUUCUACGCGGCCGAAAUCGUCUGCGCGUUGGAAUACCUUCACAGCAAACACAUCGUUUACAGAGAUCUCAAACCCGAGAACCUUCUGUUGGAUAGCCAGGGUCAUCUAAAAAUCACCGACUUUGGCUUCUCCAAGAAGCUCACCGACAGAACAUGGACUUUGUGCGGCACGCCUGAAUAUUUGGCACCGGAGAUAAUUCAGAGCAAAGGACACAAUAAGGCCGUCGAUUGGUGGGCAUUGGGCGUUCUGAUCUACGAAAUGUUGGCCGGUUUUCCGCCAUUUUUCGACGACAAUCCUUUUGGCAUCUACGAGAAGAUUCUCAGCGGAAGAAUCGAGUGGCCAAAACACAUGGAUCCGAUCGCCAAGGAUCUAAUAAAGAAACUUUUGAUCGCCGACAGAACGAAAAGGCUGGGAAACAUGAGGCAAGGGGCCGACGAUGUGAAAAGGCACCGUUGGUUCAAAUUAGUCGAAUGGCCAAUGGUACCUCAGAGAGCUUUGAAUCCUCCGAUACAACCACGAGUAAAGGCACCAGGUGAUCCCAGUUGUUUCGACGAUUACCCGGAAACCGACUGGCGUUCGCAACCCCCUUUGCCACCGGAACAAUUAGCCCUCUUUCAAGACUUCUGAAAAAUAACAUUUCUAUACGUUGCGUCGACGAUACGGUUCAACGAUCGUUAUUGUACCAGAUUCUGGCUGACGUAAAUUCGUCUUUGGAAACGAGAUUAGGAUAACAAACGAUCGUUGAGAAGGUUGUUGGUUGAUUUUAACAACCCACAGAUGUGUACAGAAGCGUGCUUUGAACAUCACUUCUGCUCCCCUAUUUUUUCUCACCUUGUACAUAGCUGUCUUUUUUUUUCUAUUUUCUCGUCGUUUAUUUAUUGAUACCGAUUGUAUAGAGUAGACGUAUUUCUUCGUUGUUUUACAUUGUAAAUAAAUAAGUGAAAGAAGAACGGAUCGAACGAUCGAAA